CCCCAUUUCUCCUAUUGGCCUUCAAGACAUCAACAUUCAAGACACCGCGGGUAAAUGACGGGCGACGCAGCCCAAAACUCCCCCCUCUGGACCAAAUCCAUCUGGAAAUGUAUCCGGACACACCCGCCAUGGCGAUCCGUUACAUCACUGGAAAUGUUUGAUCCUACUACCUGCCAGACUCCGGUGGUUGACCAGGCGCCGAGUUUUUACGUUCCGCAACACUGGUCAGCUCGACAGGUCAUCCAAAAUGUGAUAGCUAGAUGAAAUAGGCUGUCAAGGAUUCGGACUCGUCUUGACAAAGACAGGGACCUCACAACAUCCCACGGAUGGUGGAUCUCUCUCCACCUUCAUGACUAGAGAUCUUGAUCAACCAACUACGCCGUGGCAGAGGCUCUGCUCACCUCCCCCAGAAAUCAGAUCCAGUCUCCCGCAUUGGGACGUUCGGUCCGAAUUCCCACACACUCGUCGUUGCUUUCCAGCUAGACGCAGUAUGCAGAACGCAUCGUCAGAUCCUAGUGCACGAUCCCAUCUAACAGCUUUCCAACGGUCAUUCAGACAUCUAUCCCAUCCACUUUGACCCCACCAAGAGUUAUGCUAUUUUUGCUGAGAGGCUAAGGUAUCUUAAGAUCAAAGAGAGGGAUCACGACGCCUGCAUCUCCGACAAUUUGAUAUACUUCCAGCAAAACCUCAAGAAUGCAGAACGGGCAAUUGGA